CUCGCCCCAUCUCUGUCCCCAUCCCUGUCCCCGCUGUCCCCUCAGGGUGUCCCCAAGCCCUUCUCCGAGGUCAUCAAGGCGAACAUCGGUGACGCUCACGCCAUGGGGCAGACCCCCAUCACCUUCCUGCGCCAGGUGUCGGCGCUGUGCCUGUGCCCGGAGCUCAUGGCCAACCCCGCCAUCCCCGACGACGCCAAGGAGCGGGCGCGGCGGAUCCUGGGGGGCUGCGGCGGCCAAAGCGUCGGCUCGUACAGCGCCAGCCCGGGCGUGGAGCUGAUCCGGGAGGACGUGGCCCGGUACAUCGAGCGGCGGGACGGGAUCCCCGCCAGGGCCCAGGACAUCUUCCUGUCCACCGGGGCCAGCGAUGCCAUCGUGAACAUGCUGAAGCUGCUGGUGACGGGCUCGGGGCAGUCCCGCACGGGGGUGAUGAUCCCGAUCCCGCAGUACCCGCUCUACUCGGCCGCCAUCGCCGAGCUGGACGCGGUGCAGGUCAACUAUUACCUCAACGAGGACCGAGGCUGGGCCCUGGACGUGGCCGAGCUCCGCAGGGCGCUGGCCGAGGGCAGGAAACACUGCUGCCCACGGGCUCUGUGCAUCAUCAACCCGGGGAAUCCUACAGGCCAGGUGCAGAGCCGGGAGUGCAUCGAGGACGUCAUCAAGUUCGCCUACGAGGAGAAGCUUUUCCUGCUGGCUGACGAGGUGUACCAGGACAACAUCUACGCCGAGGGCUCGGCCUUCCACUCGUUCAAGAAGGUGCUGAUGCAGCUGGGAGCGCCCUACGCCGAGAAGGUGGAGCUGGCCUCCUUCCACUCCAUCUCCAAGGGAUACAUGGGAGAGUGCGGUCUGCGGGGGGGGUACAUGGAGGUGGUGAACCUGGACCCGGCGGUGAAGGACCAGCUGGCCAAGCUGGUGUCGGUCCGGCUGUGCCCGCCCGUGCCCGGGCAGGUGGUCCUGGACGUGGUCAUGGACCCGCCCCAGCCCGGGGACCCCUCCUACGAGAGAUUCCAUGCGGAGAAGACGGCCGUGCUCAACGCCCUGGCCCACAAGGCCCAGCUGACCCAGGAGAUCUUCAACAAGACCCCCGGGAUCCACUGCAACCCCGUGCAGGGCGCCAUGUACUCCUUCCCCAGGAUCGACCUCCCGCCCAAGGCGCUCGCCGCCGCCAAGGCUCAGAACCAGACCCCGGACAUGUUCUUCUGCAUGAGGCUCCUGGAGGAAACCGGGAUCUGCGUCGUCCCGGGAAGCGGCUUCGGGCAACGCGAGGGCACCUUCCACUUCCGGAUGACGAUCCUGCCGCCCACGGAGAAGCUGCAGAUCCUCCUGGAGAAGCUCAGCAGCUUCUACACCAAGUUCGUCAGGGAAUUCUCUUAAUUACGGGGGGGGUCUCCCGCCGCCCCCCCCCCGCCACCCUCUGUCCCCCCCCUUUGCCCCCCCCCUCUGUCCCUUUUUGUCCCCCUUCCCCCCCCCCGGGGGGUCUCCAAGUGCCUUCCAAGCUCUUCCCGCUUUUCCAGAGGGAGGGACGGGGGGGGUCGGGGGGUCCCGGGGCUGGUCCCUCCCCCCCCCCCCCGUGUGUGUCCCCUGAGCGGGGGGGGGGGGGACACGGGGCCGGUUCUUCCCCCCCCUUUUUGGGGACCCCCCCCAAAAAUAAAGGACCCUGAGCAGCA